AUGGGUAUGCGUCGAAAGAUCGAAGGUGUGUUGGGUGGGAAACUCCUCAACUUUGCCGGUCGAAAGUUCGUCAAAGAUGCGGAGCUGAUCAAACGAGAGGUUUUCCUUCCAGAGACUGGGUUGACAGUUCACUAUUACGAACGCGAAGGCGAUGGUACCAGCAGGGACGAAAGCACACCACAACCAACAUUGCUGCUGCUUCACGGUAUCACAGACGAAGCCAAGAAUAUGGCUGCUUUGGUCAUCGUAUUACGCAAGGAAUUGCCGCAUUGGCGGAUUAUUGUUCCAGACCUGAUUGGUCAUGGACAUGAUUUGGCCCGAGCCAAAAAGGAGGGCUCUAGCUUUGAGUACCCGACACCCGAACGGCUGCUUCAGUGCAUGACAGAGUUUGUGACAGCGCUGAAUAUCCAGCAGUGCACUGCAUUUGGCAUGUCCAUGGGAGGGGCAUUGGCCUAUUUCUUGCAGAGUGAAAAGCCAGAAGUAGUGCAAAACACCAUACUGAUAUCUCCUGCUCUGAAUGCUGUCCUGGACUCACAGUUCAUACAAGACUUUGUGACUCGGCAGAAGAACCAUUUCUGUUACGAGUGCCGUGAUGAUGUCAAGUACUUUUUCCGGGAUCUUUCAUGCCCACACAGAAAGGUGAAAGAUCCUGUUCCAAAGUUCUUGCUGGAAGCUAUCUGGAAACAGAGAUUGGCUCAGGCGCCAGAGGGGCAUUUUCACUCCCUUUUCGAGCACCUUCUGAAAGAAAGAGAGAAGGAGCAUGAAAUAUGGCAUUGUUCCAGUGACAUUGCUCCAGAGGCAAAGAAGCUUGUCAUUUGGCCCCAGAAUGAUUUCAUUGCCAACCAUGAUCAAGGUCAAGCAUUUUUUGCCAAGUCAUCUGACAAAACAACCUUUCAUAGUGUGCCAGACUGUGGACACCUGUUUCAUUCCAAUGGCAAAAACGUCAUGGAAAUUGCAGCACCUCUCAUGGUGGAUUUCCUGAAACAAACAGAACUGGAUGGGUACGGAAUCACAAAAGGUUAA